AUGUUCAACAGAUGUGCAAAAAUACAUCUGAGACAAGCUCAGUUGUCUGUUACCAGGGCAGAAAAUAAAACUGUAGGUAUAGACUGUGAGGCUUCUGGCAUUCAGAACUUCAGGAGUGCUGUUAUACACUGGUAUCGACACAGACCUGGAGAAGUUCCACAGCAGAUUUUGUACAUCUCAUCCUCACAACCUGUCUUUGACAAAAUCUCCAAUGAGAACAAGUUUAAUUGUGAAAAGAAGCCUGACCAGCCCAUCUCUACCCUAGUAGUAAAUGAAAUAGCUCCUAAUGAUGGAGCUACCUAUUACUGUGCCUACUGGGAUCGCACAGUGUUAGAAAGCCAUAGACAGCCUGCUCAACUGAAGCCAGUGAGAAUGUUACUGGUGCAGGUGCUUAUUGUGGCUUCAGUUUGGUCAUAUGGAGCUGCACAAGUACAACUGACACAAGAUCAGCUAUCCAUCACAAGGAAACCAACUAAAACACAGCAGGUUCAUAAUAACUUAGUGAGAAUGUUACUAUUGCAAGUUUUUCUUCUUGCUUCAGUACUUUGGUCUUAUGGAGAGGCCCAAGUACUGGUACAAUCUCAACUAUCCAUCACCAAAGCAGAAGAUAGAACUGCACGAAUUGACUGUCAUGUUUCUGGCAUAACCCUGAGUAAUGCUUAUAUACACUGGUAUCGACAGAGACCUGAUGCAGCUCUGGAACGGAUUCUCUAUUUUUCAUCAGGAACACCUGUCUUUGACCAGGAUUCUGGGAAGGAAAAGUUUGAGGCAGAUAAGCAGCUCUCCAAGUCGACCUGUAUCCUGACAGUAAAGAAAACAACAACGAGUGAUUCAGCUACCUACUACUGUGCCGCUUGGGAUCACACAGCAUUAAAAAACUAUUCGCAUUCUGUACAAAAACUUACUUUGUAUUCUCAGCUACACACUUUCAAAUAUAUGAAACCACAGCUACCUCCUAAUCCUGCUUCUUAUGAUAGAACCAGACACAGAAACCCCUUACUGGUUUCUGCAACCAGAGUUUAAAGCAACAGAACUGUUGCUCUCACAAAUUUUGCAAACUAGAUCCCACCUGUGUCUGCCAAACAAACAAUAAGACCACGUAGUUGCACAGGACAGCUACAUAUUCCAGAGCACACAAAACUAGACUAGCAAUGUUACAACACAUGUUGACAUUAGCAGAGCAGAAA